AAUAUUUUACAGUUAAGAAUGAUUAAAUAUAUUAGUACCCAUCUACCUAUACCAAUUUAUUAACAUACGAUUAUAUUAUUUUUACGAAUAUUGACCAAAAUAUUACCUUAUUUCAAUAUGUAAAUAAUCAGUGAUAAAUGUAUUUGUUUUGUAUGAACUGGACACGAACACGUUACAAGUUAAAUAACUGAACUUGAAUGUAAGUAAACUAAGUUCAAAUUUUAUAUAAACGUGAAUGUUUUUGUUUUAUCCGUUGACAAGUUAACUUUCAUAUACCAUUAUUACAUUAGUUAAGUUUAUUACGAAUGUUUUAUUUAAACAUUGAAGGAGAACCCAAAAUAGAUAAUAAUUUAACAGUUUUUUUCAACACAUGAAAUUAUAAUAAUUUCUGUUGCACUUUAAGAACUUAAAUUUAAAUUUUUAACAUGUUUUCUUUAGUAAAAUUUCGGCCGAUUUCCCAGAAAAAUCUUAAUAUGUUGAUUGGAAAGUGGCUUUUUUUUAGAUCCGACUUUUAAAUUACCAAUUUACAUAUUCGAAUAAGACGCGAAGACGAAUUUUAUUAUUUUUUUCACGAUUUUUAUUUGUUACAUCCCCUCCAAUUGAACAUUUCUAAGCACGCCACUGUUAACCAUUGUCCAAUAGUAACAAGUUAGGUAGAUACCUGGCGAAAAUUGAAUUGGCUACUAAUAAUAUUUUCAACAAGUGUAUCUCAAAAUAGAAAAAUAUAAGUACUAUGCGAAAUUAUAAUUUUUAGUAACACAGUGCCGAAUUACUACGGUAGAAUACAAAAGGGAUUUAAUGUACAUCUGUAAGCAGCGAUAAACCAUUGCUAACCAUAAAACUAUUCCGAGCGGGUUCAGUUGAUAGUGAUACUUAGUCAACAAUAUAUAUGUCAAUAUAUCAUAUAAUGGAAUGAAAUUAUUAUAAGAAGUUGAUGUAAUAUCCAGAUAACAAUAUAAUACAUUAUACAAGCACUAGCUAACAAAUUUAAGCCUACUGAAUAAUAAUUAUUUAUUUUUUUAAUUGAACUUUAUUAUUGAUAUUUGAAUUUGACUCAGUGUAAUUUAAUAUUUAUAUUUUAAUUAUUUAUUAUUUAUUUAUUUAUUGUUUUGAACCAUUUUGAUAACUAAUUAUGUAUUUAUGAAAUAAAUGUUGAGGGAGAAGUAAAUUCAAUAUAAGUAAAAAUAUGCAUUACCUAAGUUCGGGAACCAAUUCAAUAACCUCGAGGUACCCAAGUGGUAGUAUCAUGUGAAACAAUAUUUUGUUGAAUAAAUAUUUAAAUUUUAAAAUUUUAGUGUUGAGUGAAUAUCCCAAACAGCACAAUGACCGUCGUAAGACGGUAUAGACGUGACUAUAACAGGAAACGCCUGUUUAAUUCCCAGACAGCUCCAGGAGUCUAAGACGGGUCUGUACGAUUCCGAAUGUCGGAAUGAGUUCAAACCUACCAGCCGCCAGGACCCGACAGGAAACCAUUUUUAAAUGGUCAUAAAAACGUCUUAAACGUUCCUAACUUCCCGGGUUGAAAAGUUGGAAUUGAUCCAGGGUGAAAUUUUGAAAUUUGUAGGCACGUAAAACACACUUCUUUAGCUACCUGAUAAUCAUAAAAUAUUGUUUUUUUGGCGAAAGUGUAUAUCCUAUAAAUUAGACCAAUUGAUUUAACCCAUAUCUCAAAUAUGCAAAAUGUAACAAAUAUGUUAUUUUGUACUAAAUUAUGUUAAAGACACAAAUCGUAUUUGUUUUAAGAAUAAUUAGUAUAAUGAUAAGUACAAGUUUUAAAAUACCCUAAUUUCAUUAAUUGAACAUUUGGAUUAAACCAGUUAACCUUAACUAGUUGUUUCCCGGUGUUAUCAAAAUGCGUCCGGGUGCGCAUUAAUUGAACUAAAACAGCCGGUUACCACAACCGUCUGAGAUGUUAGGGUAUUAGCGCUUAAGGGGAUUGAAAAUAAUAGUUUUUGUCUGUCUUACAUACGUGCAACAUACAGACUUGUUUUAUUUCCAACGUACCGAUUGGUUCGAGUGAAGCGAUAAGAAUUUUGAAAGCAAAUUUAAAUAUGUGGUCAAGUCUUCUUAAAUGAAAAUUUCCACAAUUUUGAUUUUAUCCCCUUAAAUUUUAAAAAAAGGAGUACAGUAAUCUCUCGUUAUCCACGGAUUUUUUAAUCGCGGUUAAGAUUAUCCAUGCUAGAGUCGAAAAUACCCUUUAUUUAAUAAUUCAUUUAUUUUAUCGCUAUUAUAUGAGAACGUUGUAAUUUUUUUUAAAUAAAGUUAGAUCAUUUUAUGUAUAACUAUACACAUAAAUUCUACGUCUUUAGAGAUAAAUGCCAUAUAAUAGGUACAUAUGAACAUUGCAACUUUAAAGACCCUAUUGCGUACGAAAAACUUAGCAAAGGCAUAUAGAGAAUAAAAGGAAAAAAAAUCCAUCGCAUAGGUUUUUUCGUCCUUUUUAAUAUAUAUAAAUAUGUAUAUAAUUUAUAUGAAUAAUUUACUAAUUAAUUGUAUAAAUUAAAACAAGUUAAUAAAAUAUAAACAAAAAUAUCAGUGUUUUCAAAAUUUAAAAAAUAAAACAUAACCUCCUUUCUACAUUGAUUUAUGGUCUCAUUAUCCGCAGUUUUUUUAUCCACACAACUUUAUUGGAACCUAACCUCCGCGGAUAACGAGGGAUUACUUUAUUUUUAUUUUUAUUUUGAAAAAGUGAGAAAGUCGAACUUAAGUAGACUUGAUGACAAAUUCAAAUCUACUUUCAGAAUUCUUAUAGCUUCAAAUAGAAAAUCACCGCUUUCAAUCAUCCUCUGAGUCCAACACAUUUUAUUUAUUUCAUAAAUACCUAUAUUAACAAAUUGUUAUAAGCUUAUUAAUUCAUUAUACUUAGUAUAUUAGGUAUAUUUGAUAGUUAUUAAAAUAAGUAACAAUAUUAUAAAUAAAUAAUUUGUUCUCAUUUCAAUGUAACAAAUUUGUAAUAGUUCAAAUAACUUACAACUAUUUACCUGGUUCGUUUUUAAAAAGAACUUUCCUGUCAUUUAAAAUAAUUAUUCAUAAAGUUUUAUUUUAUUUUUGUUUAAAGUCUUGUAUUUUUUAUGUUCAAUUACCGGUGUUUUAAAAUGAUAUUAAUACUAAUCCACAUUCCAUUCACAUAUUGGCAUUAUGCCAAUUCUUUAGUAUUAUUAAAACAGUAAAACAGACAUUUUAAUAUUACCGACAAUUUAAAAAAAUGAUUAAUACAAUAUAAUAUAUUACUUUAUUAAAUUUAAUAAAUAUGAAAAUGUUUUCUAUUUCUCAACUAUAAAUUUUAAUAAUUACUAAUUUUAUGUGCCAAAUGUUUGUUUUAGUUCUUUUUUUAGAUAUUCACAAUUGCACUAGCCAAUUUUUAAAAUGGAUAAAAGAAUAUUGAAUGUUAUUAUAUUAGGCUUAGGUUUUAUGUUUGUGUUCACUUCCUAUUUUACCGUGAGCAAUAUUGAGGUAAACUAAUAAAAUGUUCAUACACAUUAUUUUAAUUUAGAUUUAACAAUAUGUAAACUAAGUUAAAAAUUUACAUUUGUAAAAAACAGACUACUCUUUGAAAAAAAAAUCUUUUAUUAUUAUUAUAAUUUUUACGGCGUAUUGAUUGAUAUAUUACAAAAAAAAUUACUUACCUACAAUAAAUGUUCUGACCUCUUCGAUUUUUAAAUUAAAUUUUUUUACUAACUAAAUGGCAACUUUUAAUAGGAUGUUAUGAUUUACAAUUUUCUCUAUUUUUUAUAAUUAAAUAUAAAAAGAGAUUUCUUUAUUAAUCAUUUUGGGAUAGGUAUAUCAUGUGCAUUAUUAAAUAUUUCGUGGCUAUGAGUAUAAAUCUUAACCUUGCACUUUAGUGCAGAAGAAUUGAAAAAUCGAAGAAUUGCAAUUUAAUAUAUAACAUAAUUACUACGCACCUUCACUAUUGUGCUGGACAAUUUUGGGCUUCACAAUAUUAAAGCAUUAUAGUUAAAAAAACAAAAAAACAAAUAAAUAAUAAUAUUAACGUCUUUGCAGUUUGACAUCUACUUAUUUUAUUUGUAUUCCAAAACGAAUGAAUAUUAACUAAUAUCAUAGUUUACCUACUAUAAAACCCUAUAAUAGUUAUCCGAUUAUCGAUAUAUACCUCUUUGUAUAUUAAUAUUAAUUCCAGAAAACAGUGUUGAAAAGUAUAGAAAAUGAAGACUUUUUGUUUACCGGCGAUGGAUACACGAGUCAGUGUAUCAUUUACAGUGUAUUCGCCGCGUGUAAUUGGUUGGCGCCGGCAAUCAUAAACGUGAUCGGAAGCCGGAAGUCUAUAUAUUUGGGAUCGUUAUGUUACGUGUGCGUAUGAUUCAUACUAUAAUGAUAUAAUAUGUAAUAACUAAUAUCGCAAAAAUAACAUCAACAUAACCACGGAUCGAUUCGUUGCAGGACGUUCAUGGCACCGUUUUUGUGGCCGUCCAACUUUCUGCUAUACGCCAUGUCAGCGGUGCUUGGCUUUGGUGCGUCGAUUAUCUGGACCGGACAGGGCACUUACAUAACACUGAACUCAGACGCGUUGACCAUAUCCAGAAACUCCGGAAUAUUCUGGGCCAUGUCGAAAAUAAGGUAGGUAAGUAUCACUUUCAAUCGUGUUUAAUGAAACAUACUCGUACAAUAUCAUCAUUUUCGGCGUUUUUAUUCCUCUCUUUCCGUUCACAUUCAAACCAUCAUUACACUAACUCAGUUAAUAUAACUCUAUAUUCUCUGUCAUCUUGAUUCGACUACCUAUCGAAAUUGAAAAUAUUAACCCAUAUUCUGUAUACAUUCUCAUCCAUCUGCUCACUGCUACACAUAUAUUUUGUAUCUAUGUAAUGGUAUAUUAUUAUACACGCAGCAUAUGUAUCGGUAACUUGUUCAUAAUCUUGAUGCUCGGGGACAAGACCGACAUGGACAAAUCUGUCAGAGAUUUAAUGUUUACUGUGUUGGCCGCGUUGUGCGCUUGCGGCACGUUGACGCUGGUCGCGUUGCGGCCGUCCGUGGACUCGGAAGACAGGAAAAACGAACUGAAACAGCGGACUGCGGUCGUGGACCCGGUACACGAGCUAAAAAAAUCAAUGAAACUCUUACUGACCAAAGACAUGCUCUUGCUCAGCACAUCGUUCUUGUUUGUCGGUAAAGUAUUUAUAAAUAAUAAUAGGUACCUAUCUCGUAUACCUAGAUUUUAGGUACCUAUACUUAUUAUAGUAUUUUGUGUUCUUUGUUCUCUCAGGUCUACACGUAUCAUUCUACAGUGGGGUCUACACUUCGUGUAUAGCGUUCACUAGAGCGAUGGGUAUCAACACUAAACAAUUGUUGGGUUACACGGGAAUGCUGAUCGGAAUCGGCGAAAUCUUGGGUUCGAAAAGUUUACCAUAUUGUUAUAAUAUUUAAUAUAUACAUACAUUAAAACACAUUUUAUUAUUUAAUAAAUUUAGUAAAUAAUAUAUUAUACAUAAAUAUAUAUAAGCAUACACAUAGAUAUUUUAUUGUCAUUACAGUAUUUUAAAAAUAUCUUCUUAUAUUUAUAUAUUGUACUUAAUACAAAGAUAUUUACCCCGGUAUCCGAUCAUUUUGACGAAAAACGAUUCGGCGAAAUAAUUUAUUUAUUUAAAGUAACUAUAAUACAAAAAAUAGCUGAUACUGGGGACCGGUAUGCUACUGUUGUUGGUGGGAAGUUGGGAAGGUAGGAUUAUACAUUUAUUUCAUUUUUAUUUGUACGCGCAUUGAUAAACUAUUGCUAAUGAAGAACGAUUUAGAGCGAAAUUCGGUAAGACAUAUUUUAAAAUGUAGUUUCUGAAUAAAAGGUGGACAAAUUCACAAAUAAGUAUAAAGAUAAAUUAUCUGAUGCAAUGUUUCUAUGAAAAUUAUUACGAUAACAUUCGUCCGAACCGAUAUUAUUAAGAUUAGAUUGAUUGUAUUAUUUUUGAAAUAUAAAAUGUUAAAGACAGAAAGUUUGACUUGUAAGUAUAGAUAUUGUCUGAAUUUUGCUCCAAACAAAUAAAUUGUUUCACCGAAAUAUCCGUUCACCAAAAACGAUUUGCUAAAUGCCUUUUUCGAAGAUGUUCCGGAUCCAUAAUUACUUAUUAUAAUAAGGUAAUAUUAUUAUAUUUAAUUUGCUAUAGUUAUUUUAGAUUCUGAGUGGAGCUACCUAACCUAACCUAACCUGUAUUAGUUUUACUAUGAUGGUUCUUUUUUUAUACUGUGUAUACAGAAAUCCUACGAGAAAUUUUGCUCCGGUAUGUACGUGUGGCACCAUUUCAAAAAGGAAAUAUUGUUUAGAUGAUACAUUAAGAAGGUCAUUAUUGAUUUUUCAAUUGGUUUUCAUAAUGUCUAGAAAACCCUGGAUAAAACGUAAGAAAAAUGAGAAAUUUACGAAAAUAAUGCUUUUUAUUAUUUUCAAUCUUGUUAUUUGUUAUCAUUUAGUUAAAAAUAUUCGUAGAGACUUGAAAUUUGUACAGACAAUUUAUAUUUGCCUUUUCAAGACAGUAAUAUUUCAAAAUAUGUAAGUCACUCUUAAGCUUGUUAUACAAAUUUAAAUUUUUUGUUGAAAUUUAGUUUAAAAUAUUCGUUUGGACUUAAAGGAAUUGAAAUUUGGACAAAAACUUAUAUUUGCCUUUUACAAACGUGGUCAAAUUUUUAUUUAACCAUUUUUAAGCUAUUUAUAGACUUUUAAAUUUUGCGAAAUUUGUACGUAAUUUUUAUUCAGUAGAUACUUUGUGGUAAAAUAGUUAUACUAAACAGAAAUGCUUGAAAAUUAAAUAGCAGAUCCAUUAAAAAUUACUACUAUACUAUAAAACAUAAGUUUUUAAUUUUUUUGAAAUUAAAAAAGCUGUCCUAGGAUAAUGGGGACGGGUGCAGCCAUAUUGUUAUAGGUGAGAAAUUGGGAAGGUAGUGGAAGGGAAAUUUAAUGUAUAUCUAUAUGCAACAAUUAACUAUUUGUAACAAAAAAGGAUUCUGAGGAGAGUUUAGAUGAUACAUAUUAUGCAAUGUAUUAUAUUUUUUUUAAUUGUAUUUAUUUUAUCGGGUUUUCCUCAUUUAUUAUGAAAACAACUGAGAAAAUCAAAAAAUUACCUCUUUAAAGUGUCUUCCUAGUCAGAUUUCUUCUUAGCAAAAGUGCUAUCAUUUUAAAUCGGAACGAAAUUUCUGGUUGAAAAGUUGUUUACAAAAAAAAAAAAAUCUUAAUAUUUUAAUAAUUAAUUUCGUUAAUUGUAUAUUGUUAAUACGUAUUAGGUAAUUAUCCGUCUCUAUUAUACAGUAUACUCGUACACAGUAUAUGUCAAUAUGCAUGUUUGAAACGACUAUUUAAUUUUUGAGAUAAUGUCCACGUUUUUCAUUGUACAUAUUAUAGGCGGUGUUUUAUGCAGCGUGUUUGGUAAAACUUCUUCAAACACCAAUGAUAAAAUCAAAGGAUUAAGUCGUUCGACUAUUAUAAUCAUCAGCUGUUUAAUCGAUAUCAUAGCGUAUUGUUUAAUCUUCAUAAAUUUACCAAACGAUUCUCCGUUUCGGGAUACACAAGCUAAAUCACUCAUUAAACCUAAGUAUGCAUUCAUUACAAUAAUCAUAGUCAUAUUGAUUAAGAAAUUAUAAACCAACAGAAAAAUGCUAAUUAUUUUAAUGUUGUAAUUUGUAGUCAAUACUUGGCCGCUUUUUGUGGUUUUCUAUUAGGUUUGGGUGACAGUGGGUUUACCAUACAAAUAUAUAACUUGAUCGGAGUUAAAUAUUCAAAUGAAUGUGCUUCUGCAACAUCUUUAUUCUUGUUUAUACAGGUAAAAUGCACAAUGUACAUCCAUCAUUAAUAUAAGUAAACUAUAAUAUUUUUAUUUUUUAUUAUCGUGUUUUCUAGGCUAUCGGGGCAGCUACAAGUUUUUUUUAUAGCAACCAGUUUGGAAUAUAUGCACAACUCAUUAUAUUGAUAAUCACAAUAAUUAUGGGGACCUUUUCUUUUCUUAAAGUUGAUAAAUCUAUUUCCGUUUAACACUUUUAAAUGUCAACAUAUUUUUCUUUUUAAAUUAUUAAAAGUG